AUGAUGGCAGUGGUCCUUCUGGCUUUCACAGAGGGUCUUCAAUGGGAUGAGAUCUAUGAUGCUGCUGAGAUCUUUGCGGGGAAGGGUGUCCUCAGCCGAUGCCUGCUAGCUGGAGGCUAUGCCACAGCAUCCUUGGAUAUUCUUCACUUCACGCCGUGGUUGGCAGAAAGAACUAGAAUGGGUAGGCGCAAGCUUUGCAAGGGGAAUGCAUUGGACUUGACAUCUCCAGCCGGCUUUGGGCUUCUCCUAUCCACGAUAUUGAGGUCCAAGCCUUCAGCAGUCUUCACAUUCGGCCUUGUCUGUUCGAGUUUUGUGGCGGUCUCCCGUGGCACCACUCACCGCUCCUUCUUUCUCCCUUUGGGAGACCCCACUUCAAAGUCGGUACAGCUAGGCAAUAUACUCUGCAGCAGGAUGGUUCUGGCUAUGAUACUCAUGAUAUCUCGUGGCAUGGUGUUUGUCUUAGAACAGCCAUCAAGUUCCCUUGCCUAUCGCCAUCCCAGAUUCCAGCAACUUUUGAAAAUGACAAAUGUUUGGCGGCAAGCCUUCUGGAUGCGUGGCUGGGGUAGUAAUACUCCUAAGAGGACGAUUCUGUGGAGCAACUCCCGUGGGGUGAGGAAGUUUGCAACCCACAAAAAGUAUGCCAAGGGGAAAAAGAAGAACCAGUUGGCUACAGUCUACAUUGAUUCCAAUGGAAAGAAGAGGUAUCAGGGCAAUUCUCGGCUGAAGGGAUCACAGGUUUAUCCUGUGGGCUUUGGUAUUCGCUUCACUCGAACAAUGCCGCUGCUUCAGAAAGAGAAGUCCAAGCCCAACACCAUUGCAGAGGACAAGGUGCCCACCAUCGACGAGAUCAAGCCAAAUGAUGUCUUGCCAUGCCUCGACUCGAUGGACGACUUGUGGAGGGAUGCACGGAUGUCUGAUGUUCUUCACUACCUGUAUGGGGGGACGGGCGUCCAAUUGCCCGACGACUGGACACAGUUCGCUAUGACCAUCCCUCUGCCCCUGAAGCAGGACCCGGGCAACGUGGAGUCUGAGGCGGCUGUCAAGACUACAACGGAGGAGGAGAAUGCUCACGAUGACGACCCCUCGUCGGAGAAGAAGAGCCGCAAGUUGGAAUCUGCUCUUCGGCGGGUCUGCACUCCCAAAAGGGGUUCGGGUAAGCUUGAGGUGAGUCAGGACAUCUACAAGAAGCGGGACAAGUACGAGAGUAACGUGAAAGAGUAUUGGGUUGAUGUUGAGACCACUGGGAGCUUCGAUAACGAGCAUGAAGAGAGCCUGACAGAUCGGACUUGCGUCGAGGGCCAAGCGGCCACCUUUGAUCUUGGCAUUCAGCCAGUGAUGACCCUGCUUCGCACCAAGCCUGUCCCGAAGGAGAAGGCAGCGUCGGCGAAAAACAAAGCGGCAAAGGCUGCCGCCAAAGCUAGCGCUGAGCCUCGAAAGAGGGCAAAGCGGGAUCAAGAAGCUCUGGAAGCCGAUUCGACGAAGUCGAAACCCAAACGAGCUCGCAAGUAA